AUGGAGGCCUUGGGCAUAAUACAACUUUUUGAGGAAGCUAAAAUAAACCAUGCAGACCAAGAUGAUUUGGGGGUCCUGUAUGGCCAGACAAAUCCUGUAGCUGAUUUGGAGAAGGCGACUUCGGAUGGACAAACACCCUUACAUCUUGCUGCAUCACUCGGACGUCUUGAAGCAACACAAGAUGUACUCAACCAUGGAGCUAACGUGGACAAGGAAGACAAGGACGGCUGCUCUGCAUUACACAGUGCUGCUCAGAAUGGUCAUCUUGAUGUCACCGAUCAAGGAUCUGAGGUGAAUAACGGAGAUAAUGACGAUAGGACUGCAUUACACAGUGCUGCUUUCAAUGGUCAUAUUGAUGUCAUCAAGUAUCUCGUCAGUCAAGGAGCUCAUGUGAAUAAGGGUAGUAACGACGGUUGGACUGCAUUACACCCUGCUGCUCAGGAGGCUCAUCUUGAGGUCAUCAAAUAUCUCAUCAGUCAUGGAGCUGAGGUGAAUAGGGGUAAUAAUAGGGGUUUGACUGCAUUACACAGUGCUGCUUUCAACGGUCAUAUUGAUGUCACCAAAUAUCUCGUCAGUCAAGGAGCUGAGGUCACUGAGGUCAGUAAAGGUGACUAUGAAGGGAUGACUGCAUUACACAGUGCUGCUUUCGAGGGUCAGCUUGAUGUCACCGGGUAUCUGAUCACUCAGGGAGCUCAUGUGAAUGAGGGUAGUAACGACGGUUGGACUGGAUUACACAGUGCUGCUCAGAAUGGUCAUCUUGAUGUGACCGACUAUCUCAUCAGUCGAGGAGCUGAGCACGGCCGCACCUCCAUCAUUGAGAAGUUAGUUUCUGAGGGAGCUGAUCUCAAUGUCCAGUCAAGUGACGGCCAGACGUGUCUCCAUAUAGCCAUUAAACUCUGCUACAAGAGCGGCAGAAUUAUGCAUGACACGGAUACACUAAAAGAGAUCUCUGAUGAGUAUUACAAUGGCGAACUAUCUCCUGAGAAGGCCUUGGUGUUUUAUCUCCUGGAGAAUGGAGCCAAGUUAGAUGUGAGGGACAAGAAAGGCAACUUACCAAUCCACUAUGCCAAGGACGAAGUGGUCAAGCAGAUGAUUUUGUCGAGAUUACCUUCUUUGGAGGAGAUCCAGUCUUACCGAGCUGAACCAUCGACACCUGCCAUCGUCUCCGUUGAAGUCGUAAGGAAUACCAGUCAGGAAAUUGAACUAGAAGACCAUGGCGUAUCAAUGUUUAUUCCUCCUGGGGCUGUUCAUCAGAGUGACCCAUGCAAGAUCACUUUAACCCUCUUACAAGACACUCCUAGUGUUGACAUCAAAGAUGAUGAAUCAGUGGCCUGCUACGGGAUCAGAUGUGAUCCUCCAAACAUGAUCUUCCAUCAACCUGUUAAGAUCAAGAUACCACACUAUGCCUUGGUCAUGAACCCUGAUCAAGUGAAACCAAACAUCAUUUCCCGUGUAUUGUAUCCAGGCAUGGAUGUAACAAUAACAUCAAGAAAAAGAUCAUCCAGCUCACCACACGAACCACCAUACUGCAAAGUGUACAAGAGACAUCUUGAGCUGUACAUUGGAAAAUGUGCUGAGUGGUGGGUUCUUAUUCCUCUCGAACAACAGGUGAUCCAACACCAACUUAUAUGCACUCCAUACAUCCCAGACAACAUAGAGCGAGGACAAGAGUUUGAAGUUCACCUGCAGAUGCAUGCGGAUCUUCCUGGGAUGGAAACGGACAUACAAAAGGAGAAGCAGCAGCAGUCGUACCACAAGAGCCAUCGCUCCAUUCCCUUCAGUGUUGAGUCUAAGUCUGGUGACGUUACAGUGACGUGUCAUCGUGAGGGCGACCAAGUUGAUAGCAAGGUUCUCUCUUUGAGGGAUGUUUGUGGCAAGAUGAGACACAACAUAUUGUUGUCCGUGACUCCUACUGAUGAUGAUGUCAAAUUCACAGUGAUAACCAUUACAAUUACACAAGCUGGAAGACAAGAGGUGUCUCAAUCACUUGAUUUUAUCAUCAGACAAACGGAUGGACAGGAAUACCUUUCUCCUUCUGAGCCCCUUUCAUUUGUUGGGGCUGUGGAAGAAGUCUUGAAAAGUGACCUGCCGGACAUUGAUGUCCUUACAAUAGCCCAAACAAUGACGGUAGACCAGUUCUAUGAUUUGGGAGUAGCUCUUGGUUUCACCAUAGAGCAACUGGACGUCAUAGAAUACAGGAGGUUCCGUGACAGAGAGCAGGCCAUCUAUGACAUGUUGUUGACAUGGAGAGAGAGGCAACCGUCCGGCCAAGCAGCAAAGGAAACGUUCCUCUCACUCAUGGAAUCUUUGGAUUCACCAGCAGAAGGAAUCGCCAUUUCAGCAGACAUUGGACUUACUGGAGAAAUUCCUGACAAGACACUGCUCGCGUUUGCCCGUCAGAUCGGACCGGAAAAGUUCUUUGAGAUUGGGGGGAAGCUGGGAUUCAACACGUCAGAGUUACAACACAUUGAACAUCGGACAUUAUACAACAGGAAAAACGCUAACAUCCAAAUGCUCUCAAGUUGGAAAGCAUCUCAGACUUCAGGGCCUAAAGCAAAGCAGACACUGAAGCUGGUUUGGGAGUCUGUGCAGGACGCAUCGAAAGCAGAGAAAAGCAAGGAUGGUAGAUCUGCAACUGGAAUGUUUGGGGCCCUUGGUGGAAAGCUGUCUACCAAAUCCCAUGGUUUUACACUCCACAUUCCACCUGGUGCCCUUGAGAAAGAUGAGGAAAUCAGCCUUCAGGUACUGACCGAGAUUCCAGAGGUCCUCACACUUAAAGACGACGAGCUUCUAGUCAGCCAUGGUUUCCAGUGUUACCCGUCUGGGCUACGCUUUAAGAAACCGGCAAAGCUGAUAAUACCUCAUUGUGCAUUAGUCACUGCUCCUAACAAAGUACGGACCAUACUGUAUUCCUGGAAUCAGUCAGGUACACCUAAACGGCUUUCGGAUCCCGACAACAUCAUUUGUUCCGUACGAGAACGAUGGCUAGAGGUCUCAAUCAGCCAUUUUUCUGGAGGAUUCUUUGCAGUAUAUUGGGAUUGGCUAUUUCUGAAGGGCAUCUUACUGUCAUGCAUGUCGUUUCUUCCCAGACGCAUGCCUUCCUCCAGAAUACCAGUCCUGGAGGUUCGCUUCGUCAAGAAGACACAUGACCAAAAAUGGACAGAUGUCCAUGCUAAAGAUUAUCCCCGUUUCCAACAUGUAAAAGGCGAUGACGAUGACGUUGUGUUUCUGGAGGGAACACUAAAAGUCGCUUGCCAGCUGGGUAGGAAGAGUCCCAAAUCCGAGGUACAGGCUAUUCAGUUCAGCGACAUGAAGAAGGAAAGGAAAGUGACGAAGUACUUUGAGCUCGAUCUAACAGAGGAAAAUGAUGAGACAUUAGUGACACUUGAAGUGGUUCAAACCUCUACACAGACGAUUAAAUUCAACACACAUUUCCAAGGGAUCGACAAAGAGACUGCGGAACAAAACGCUCCUUCACCAAACAUCGAUGCAAUUCCAUUGGAUGAACAGGAAGUGACAGAUGCGAAUAUCCUGAAACUAGCAGGGCUUCUACCACCUGAUCGGUGGAGACAUCUUUACGUUGCUCUUCGCAUCGAUUACAGCACCGCUGAACGUAUCAGAAAGGAGUUUAGUGACUUGACUGAUCAGUACAUACACCUCCUUCAAACAUGGAAAGCUGUAUCAACUCGGACAAGCAAGGAUCUAAAUACAAUCCUCAUCCAGGUAGAAUCAGGAGGACUUGUAGAUAAGUACUAGGUUAGGUGAUAAACCAGAAAUAGAGAGUGAGAGAGAGUAAGAGAGAGUAAGAGAGAGUAAGAGAGAGAGAGAGAGAGUGUGUGAAAGGGGGGAGAUAGAGAGAAAGAAAGGAGGGGGCAAAGCAAUGUUUAAAGAAAAUAUGAUACAUCCAUGUCACACACCAUCUCCUUUAAUAUAGGAUUUUGCGGCCAAAUUCGCGAGUUUAUCAUAUAAAUUAAUUUGUCUUGCGUUCAAAUUCGACGGUUUUAGUGCUGUCAGAUAUA